GCGUUUCAACCCUCUCCUGCCUACGCAGUGUCAUGUGACCUCCCUUCCGAAGACAAAGUUACCGAUGCAAUGCAGAAGCAACGCAAGAACAAGACGUGCGCAGCAGACAGUAUUCACGCAGAAAUCUACAAGUCCUGGGUGGACACCCUGGCUCCGGGGCUUCAUGAGAUGACUUUACAAACGUGGCGAGAACAGGCCGUACCAGAUAACUGGGGCUCAGGCUUUCUUGUACCUGUCCGAAGGAAUGGAGAUAAGACAAGAUAUGAGAACUAG